CCAACCCCCUUCAGCUCCCGAACCCCUCCAGACCCCGAACCCCAAGCCCCCAAAACACAUAACCCAACCAUGACAACCCUCCAACCCCAAGGCCCCAAGCCAGAAACCCACAGAGCCCUAACCCUACACGCCUACAACCAACCCCUGACCCUGACCACCCUCCCUCUGCCCCGCGCAACCACCGGCUCCGCCAUCGUGCGCAUCCUCGCCGCCUCCAUCGUGCCCUACAUGGCCGAGAUCCUCCGCGGACAGCGGGCAGGCUACGCACUCUCCCUCCCGCUGACCCCGGGCAACAGCGCGAUCGGCCGGAUCCACGCCACCGGCGACGACGCCGUCGCCCUGCAGCCGGGCCAGCUGGUGUUCAUCGACAUCACGAUCCGGGCGCGCGACGACCCGACCGUCUCGAUGCUCGCCGGGGUGCACGGGGGCGGGACGGCCGCGGCGCAGCGGCUGAUGGACGGGCCGUGGCGCCACGCGACGUACGCGGAGUACGCGCGGUUUCCGCUGGAGAAUCUGUUCGCGCUGGACGAGGGGGCGCUGCUGCAGGAGCAGUGGCGGCAGCAGCAGCAGCAGGGGCAGCAGCAGGGGCUGGGGCAGGGGCUGGGGCUGGGGUACUCCGUUGCCGAUCUGUGUUUGUUGUCCGUGUGUCUGGUGCCGUUUGGCGGGCUGGCAGAGGUGGAGGUCAAGCCCGGGGAGGUGGUGAUCGUCGGGCCGGCGACGGGGCGGUACGGUGGGGCGGCGGUGGCGGUGGCGCUGGCGAUGGGGGCGACGGUGGUGGCGGUAGGGCGGAAUCGCGCGGUGCUGGCGGCCAUGGUUAGGACGUAUGCGCAUACGCAUCCGGGGAGGCUGCGGACGGUGAUGAUGGAGCAUGAGGGGGAUGUGCAGCGGCGCUCCGAGGCGUUGAGGGCGGCGGCGGCGGCGGGGCGGAACUCCCGGGCCGGCGGCGCCGAUGUCUAUAUCGAUUUUUCCCCGCCGGCGGCGGAUGGGUCGCUUCUGGCGGCGGCAGUGGGGGCGUUGAGGCCGUUUGGCCGGUGUGUCAUUAUGGGGGGCUCGACGGGGCAGAUCAAUGUGCCCUAUUUGGAGGUAAUGUUCAAGUCGCUGCGCUUGCAGGGCCGGUUCAUGUAUGAUCGCCAGCACGUCCUGCGGUUAGUCCAGAUGGUUGAGUCCGGGCUGCUGCGGCUGGGGGAGGCGAUUGGAGUGGACCAUGUCGAGGAGUUUGGCCUCGAGUCGGCGACGGAGGCCCUGGAGGCCGCAGCGCGAUUGUCCGGCUGGGGGGGUCAUGUUGUGCUGAGGCCAUGUAGGGAUUGAGGGAUGAGACCUUUGGACUUUUGGUACUUGGCUUGAACUAUUCUAUCUUGGUACAAGUGAUUGUUCUUGGAGUGAUGGGAUAAACGAGAGCUGGCUUUGAGAUGAGGUUGUGGAGGUGGUAGGCUGAUGGCAUCGAUCUUGCUCAGUGCGAAUAUGUGGAUAAUGUCAAAACAACAGUUUGGCUUUACAAAGUUUUCAAGGGACUGAGAGGUGCCCUUCGCACGCCCACUGUAUCACAGUAGAACAGUAGAAGCCAAAGCCGAGGAAGCU